AUGCAUCUGGAACGUAUAACAGAUGCAGAAGACUCAAUAGAGGAUUAUAUACAUACUAUUUCACAUUCAAAGGCAUUAUUUAAACCAACGCCCCUUCCACCAGCACCCAAAAUAUCACCAACGCAAAAUAUAAUUCAAAAACACCAGAAAAGAAACUUAGACAAGUUCUGGUCUAAAUGGAAUCAAAUAAUCGAUAAAUACUCCCAAAUUGAUCCUGAAGAGGGUGAUGAAAUUCUGUUGCACACAGGCCAAAUCACAAUUGACAAUGGCCAUUUAAAAUCUUUGCCUGAAAGAGGACCUCGACGAAUGUUGAAUGAUCUAAUUGUCAAGGAUGAAUGGUCUGAUGGUAUCUCACCUCCUAAACAACCUAGGAAACCUCGGAAAUUGAAAUUGUCAACUCUACCUCCGCCACCGCCUUUACAAUUUAUGGGACCACCAGUUGAGGAUAAUUUGUUGUUGAAUCCAGCCCCAUUGAAACGAAGGAAAGAAAUCGAUGAACCUUUAGCCAAUUCUACGUUUUUGGAAGGUGACGACUUUGACGAAUUAAGUCCAACUAAAGGAGAAGUACCCUUCUAUGAUGACAACACUUCUCCUGUUAAGAAGCAGAGAACAAAACCAAAAGCCAAACCUAUUCCUAAGGAAGAUGAUCUGUUUGAAGAAGAAUAUUCUAUAAUAAUGGAACCAUACUACUUCCUUCCCACACUCGAGGCCCCACAAAAACUAUAUCCAUGCGCUAUAAAACCAUGUCAAUACAUAACCGGGAAUAAAGUACUAUAUAAAUCGCAUCUAUUAAAAGAGCAUGCUCCGGUGCUAGCAACGUUGGGGUAUCCUGUACCUUCACAUGAGAAAUUGCAUGGAAAGGUUAAAGUCGAUAUAGAUCUGCUUCAAAUGCAAUGUCCAUCACGAUAUAGUAUCCCACCUUGGAGGCAACCUAUAAUAUGUGGGAAACAAGUGAGUCGUGAGUCAUGCAAGAUGUUUUUCUUAAAUUCAAAAGAUUUGCUUACACAUCAAUCUUCAUGUCUGUGUUCUGCUAAAAAACAAGUACUUCUUUGUCCUAUGCUCGGAUGUGGAUAUAUGACUGAUGGAGGAUACUUGGAAUGGAGACAACAUUUCAUAUCGUCCAUGCAUUGUGUUCCCAAGGAGAUAAAUCGAAACUUAAUAAUAGAUGUGUCGGAAAGUACACGCACUACACAGAAACCGCCCGACCCCAUACCCGAACUUGAUGAGUUAUUUAGUGACAACUCUGAUUGGGAAGAUAUCAUUCCAUCAGCUGACAAUGAAGCCCCGAAAACAAGCACGCCUGAGACAUCCCAUACAAACUCUCCAAAGGCUCAUUAA